AUGGGUUGUUCUCAAAAUGCAGAACAAAGCAACCCACCAUCUCCCAAUCUCCAGCAAACUCCACCACCUACCAACAACAGUAGCACCAUGGCCAUGCCACCACAGUCGCAUUGCCUCUCUUCCGUCCUCCCCAUCCUUCUCCUCGCCAUCCAUCUCCUCCCCUUCUGCUCCUCCACCUCCUCUAUCAGGGUCGACGUCUUCGUCAAUCUUGUCCAAGUCGAUGCCCACCUGAACUUAACCUACCACGAGCGACUACACCGGGUGAUGAACCGAAGCCAUCAACGGGCCAUGAACUUGCACCACCGUGGCCGGAGAGGGCGGCGCCACCGCACAGCCCCACGACCACUGGACCAUAAUUCGUCAAGCAUCGAGACCCCGCUGCAAGCUGGGCACGGCGAGUUUCUAAUGAAGCUCGCAAUAGGAAAUCCCCCAACUUCCUUCAUGGCCAUCGUCGAUACAGCAAGCGAUCUAAUUUGGACUCCGUGCAGCCCUUGCACCCUUUGCCCCGACCAGCCCUCGACGGUUUUCGAUCCUCAGGGCUCGGCUUCCUACUCAAAGUUGUCAUGCUCGAGCCCAUCUUGCAGCGCCCUGCCCCACGUUUGCGACCCUUUAAGCAACGACUGCCAGUAUAUCUACAGGUAUGGGGAUCAGUCGACCACCAGCGGGUACCUAAGCUCGGAAACCUUCACCUUGGGCUCCGCCUCGUUCGAGAACGUGGGGUUCGGCUGUGGCACCAUGAACUGGGGCUUCCAUGAGGGCGCCGGCUUGGUUGGUCUGAAUCGUGGCCGGCUGUCGCUGAUCUCUCAGCUCGGCGCCUCGGUCGGCUACCAGUUCUCCUACUGUUUGAGUGGGCUGGAGGGCGGGAGCUCUAGUUCGAGUCGCCUGGCCUUCGGACCCAACUCGUCCUUGCCGAGCUCAUCUGUGGGUGCCAUCAAGUUGCCGUUGUUGAUCAACUCCAGAAAUCCGGAUUUCUACUUUGUGGAUUUGGAGGGCAUUAGCGUCGGAGGAAGGCGUCUGCCCAUCGAAGCUUCAGCAUUCCAGUUCAAGCAGGGGGGAACUGGUGGUGUCGUUGUGGACUCGGGCUCCGCCCUUAUGUAUCUUGUUGCAGAGGCAUACAGAGAAGUGAAGCAAACAUUCAUCACAGCGAUCAGCCUGCCAGUUGCAGCUGGCCCAACCGCUGCAGGUUCCGGCCUCUGCUUCCAAGGCUUCGUCGACCCUUCGUCCAUCCCCACUCUCACGCUUCAUUUCAGUAGCGGUGAUUUCUGUGCGCCGCGGGAGAACUAUUUCAUCGUUGAUGAGGACAGUCGAUUGUCUUGCCUAGCAAUCAACGAGACGCCGAUGGGAAUGUCCAUCAUCGGAGCCUUCAUGCAGCAGAACGUCCACAUUCAUUACGACCUUGGAAACAACCUCAUCACUUUCACGCCUGCACAAUGUGAUCAAUUGUAG